AUGAGCGGCUCGGCGCUUUUCGUUCCGCGGCGCGCGGGGACGGCACGCGAGGAACGUGGUGGAGCGUGGUGGACCGACACGUUUUCCACGUUGGACUUCCAGGAUUUCUGCGACUUCUGCGAACGCUACCAGAACUACGAGCGCGAGGUGGUGCGGGUGAAGAUUGAAGAGUGGAUCUCGCGGAAGGCGAAGCCUUCCGAUACCUUCGACUGUGAGGAAGUGCAGGGGUUCUUCAAGAGCAUGGGCAUCAUUUGCCUGAAGGAGGGGAACCAGCAGAGGAGCCCCACUGAAAGCAAGCGACGCAAGAACGGCCGAGUCCAGCGACACACACGUGAGAACGGCCGAGAGGUCCGAGAACACCAACGAGUCUCGCGAGCAGGUGGCGUGGCGGGCGGCUCUGAUUUGGCGAAUCGGUGGAGAGGGUCGAGUUUGGGGUGGUUUGCUUUGUCUCCUCGGCGGGUCGCUCUGGUGCACCCAAUCGAUCCGGCGACGGAUGUUGCGACGCAGCUCGGAGCGGUGGCGUGGCGGGUUCGGGAGCUGCUCCGGUUUUUGGCCGCCUAUCGAGCCGUGGAGGGCUUCACCAAGAAGGAAUUGGCGCGCAUGCAACGGAUCUUCGAUGCGUGCGAGGCGGAGCCGCAGCUGAAGACGGCCUUUGAGAUGCGCUCCGAGAGGCAUAUCAAGGCCAAGGAGCUUUGCUCCGGUCUUUUGAAGUUCGGUGGCCUCUACUGCGCUGAGCAGCUCCGCGAGCUCUUGAACAAGAUGGAAGAGAGCCUCGAGGGGGAAAAGAUCGUUCCGGUGCAGUUCUACGAGUUCUUGGUGUGCUGCCGGCGAUUGCAGGACAUGGUGCUGAACUCAGCCAUGGAGGAGUUCGAUAAUUUGGAUGCAGAUGAGGAUGGCAUUAUUGAGGGCGAAGAACUUCGAGAAUUCUGCAAACCCUUGGGCUUCACGCUCUCCAACGAUGAAUGGGAAGAGCUUCUUGAAGAGCAGGAGGUCUCCCCAGACGAUGACAUCGACUUCGAGGGAGCCUGGAACUUUUUGAAAGGUGUGCAGAGGAAGAAUGGCUUCACUCAAACGGAGCAGGAGGAGUUGGACGAAGCCUUUCAUCGCUUCAGCGAUGACACAGGAGAACUGCAGAACUUGAAGGUCCAGGAUCUCUUGACCUACAUCGGCUUCCAAACCAGCGUGGAAGAUGUGCAGUCCAUGGUGAGGCGGGUGGAUUUCAACUCCAACAAGACCAUGGACAAGGACGAGUUCCUGCGGCUCAUGCGCUUGCAACGUGAAACCACGCUGGGCUCCUACACCGCGGCCUACACCAAGAACCGCCUCUACGCCCGCAACGCGGCGCCCCCCGCAGAGAUCCAACGCGUCUUGGAGGUGGCGGGGCACCGGCCGAAUGUGUUGAUCCUAAACCAAGCGCUGCAGCUGGUGGAGGACAGCAGUGGACGGACGCCAGGAGCAGCCGUCGCUCUCCUUCGAGGGAUUUCUGAAGGUGGCGGAUUUCUGCCGGAAGACCAUCCCGCAGGAGAACCGGAAAUUCGCGCACUUCACCCUGCAGGAGAUCGAGGAUCUGCGACGGUCCUUUGA